AUGGGGUCAGUUGGGGGAGAACACUUCAAGGAGCUCAGUCCAGUAGUGACACCAGAGGGAAAUGUGGUGAUGAGCUUCAGUUUUGACAGCUACCAGUUGGAAGAAGAGGAGCUCCAAGCCAAAGGAAACCAGGCCAAAGGAGUCUUGACUUUUAUGGAGCCAGCGACGGAGGAGCCUGAACCUGAUGACCAGUACCAUGGCAUAUACUUUGCCAUGCUGUUGGCUGGAGUGGGCUUUCUCCUACCAUACAACAGUUUUAUCACAGAUGUGGAUUAUCUGCACCACAAAUACCCAGGGACUUCAAUUGUGUUCGACAUGAGUCUCACUUACAUCCUGGUCGCCUUGGUGGCUGUCCUCCUGAACAAUGCCCUGGUGGAGAUGUUAAGCCUACAUACCAGGAUCACCGUGGGCUACUUCUUUGCAGUGGGCCCCCUCCUGUUUGUCAGCAUCUGUGAUGUCUGGCUGCAGCUCUUCUCCCAGAGACAGGCGUACGCCAUCAACCUGGCUGCAGUGGGUACAGUGGCCUUUGGUUGCACAGGCACCGCCGGGGUGAUCAUCUCCCUGAGUCGCAUCUUCACUAAGCUGCUGCUGUCGGACGAGAAGGAGAACACCAUCAUUUUCUUCUUCAUCUCCAUCGGCAUGGAGCUCAUGUGUCUGCUUUUGCACGUGCUGGUGAAGCGUACCCGCUUUGUCCGCUAUUAUACUGCCCGCUCCCAGGAGGGCGCGCCAGAGCUCAAGGGCAGCGCCGGUCCUGGCACAGGCUACCGAGUGCACCAUGAUGUCAUUGCCGAGGAAGUACGAUUUGAGGAUCGGCAUCAUGGCCCAGGGGGGUCCCCUCAGGGCAGUGUGGUCCAUGAGGCUGAGUUGGCUGGUGGUGGGACCUACAUGAGGUUUGAUGUCCCUAGGCCCAAAUUCAAGAGGAGCUGGCCGAACUUUCGAGCCAUGAUGCUGCAACGAUACGUCGUGUCCCGGGUGAUCUGGGCCUACAUGCUCUCCAUAGCAAUGUCCUACUUCAUCACAUUGUGCCUCUUUCCUGGGCUAGAGUCAGAGAUCCGCAACUGCACUCUCGGCGAGUGGCUCCCGAUCCUCGUCAUGGCCAUAUUCAACCUCUCUGACUUUGUGGGCAAGAUCCUGGCAGCCCUACCCUAUGAUUGGCGAGGGACCCACCUCCUCAUCUACUCCUGCCUACGGGUCGUCUUCAUCCCCCUCUUCAUCUUGUGUGUGUACCCCAGUGGGAAGCCCACCUUCAGCCACCCCGCCUGGCCCUGCAUCUUCUCCCUCCUCAUGGGCAUCAGCAACGGCUACUUCGGCAGCGUGCCCAUGAUCCUGGCUGCGGGCAAAGUGAGCCCCGAGCAGAGAGAGCUGGCAGGGAACACCAUGACGGUUUCCUACAUGACGGGACUGACUCUGGGCUCGGCCGUUGCCUACUUUGCCUACAGCCUCACCAGCACCUCUCAUAGCACCUGCUUCUACACCGAGACCUUCAAUAACUCCUUCACGGCGGGGUAUUGAGCGGCCUGGGCCGGCGUGUGUGUGUGUGGCUGUGGGCGGACGUGUAGGGAGUGGAGCGUCCGGGGCCUGGAUUCCAGGCAGUGGUGUCUCUCUUUUUUCCUGUGUCUAAGUUCAG